CGGCGCCGGGAGUCCCGCCACGUCAGUCUCCGGCCCUGAGCCAAUCCCGGGCCCGGCCUGCCGCGAGGGGGCAGGUUGUGUCGAGAAGUGGCUCCAGGGAGAAAAGAGGCCUCUUCCCUCACCCGCUGCGGGAGCUGCGCCCCGAAAGCCUGUCGCGGCACGCCGGGCUCCCCUGACCCUCCAAGACCCGAGAGCCGUUGGCGCCCUCUGCCAGGGCCGGCCGGUCCGUUUAAGAAGCUUUGUGCGCCUGCUGUGGGGAUUUUCUGAUCCAGGCUGCGAAGAAUUUCGAAGUCUGGAAAAUAGCAACUGUGUUUAUUUCUAAAGGAUCUUCUCCUGACCCAGCCUCGCUCAUCACAAUGAAGAACCAAGACAAAAAGAACGGGGCUGCCAAACAAUCCAACCCAAAAAGCAGCCCGGGACAACCGGAAGCAGGACCCGAGGGAGCCCAGGAGCGGCCCAGCCAGGCGGCUCCUGCAGCAGAAACAGAAGGUCCCGGCAGCAGCCAGGCUCCUCGGAAGCCGGAGGGGGCUCAAGCCAAAACGGCUCAGUCUGGGGCCCUUCGUGAUGUCUCUGAGGAGCUGAGUCGCCAAUUGGAAGACAUACUGAGCACAUACUGUGUGGACAGUAACCAGGGGGGGCCUGGCGAGGAUGGGGCACAGGGUGAGCCAGCUGAACCCGAAGAUGCAGAGAAGUCCCGGACCUAUGUGGCAAGGAAUGGGGAGCCUGAACCAACUCCAGUAGUCAAUGGAGAGAAGGAACCCUCCAAGGGGGAUCCAGGCACAGAAGAGAUCCGGCAGAGUGAUGAGGUCGGAGACCGAGACCACCGAAGGCCACAGGAGAAGAAAAAAGCCAAGGGUUUGGGGAAGGAGAUCACGUUGCUGAUGCAGACAUUGAAUACUUUGAGUACCCCAGAGGAGAAGCUGGCCGCUCUGUGCAAGAAGUAUGCUGAACUGGUCAGUUCCCCCCUCCGCGGGCACCUUCCCUGCCUUGGGAAAAUCAGCAUGCCACCUGGUAUAGGGUUGGGGGUGCAGAGGCAGCUGGAGGAGCACCGGAACUCACAGAAACAGAUGAAGCUCCUGCAGAAGAAGCAGAGCCAAUUGGUGCAAGAGAAGGACCAUCUGCGUGGUGAGCACAGUAAGGCCGUCCUGGCCCGUAGCAAGCUUGAGAGCCUAUGCCGUGAGCUGCAGCGGCACAACCGCUCCCUCAAGGAAGAAGGUGUGCAGCGGGCCCGGGAGGAGGAGGAGAAGCGCAAGGAGGUGACCUCGCACUUCCAGGUGACACUGAAUGACAUUCAGCUGCAGAUGGAACAGCACAAUGAGCGCAACUCCAAGCUGCGCCAAGAGAACAUGGAGCUGGCUGAGAGGCUCAAGAAGCUGAUUGAGCAGUAUGAGCUGCGAGAGGAGCAUAUCGACAAAGUCUUCAAACACAAGGACCUACAACAGCAGCUGGUGGAUGCCAAGCUCCAGCAGGCCCAGGAGAUGCUAAAGGAGGCAGAAGAGCGGCACCAACGGGAGAAGGAUUUUCUCCUGAAAGAGGCAGUAGAGUCCCAGAGGAUGUGUGAGCUGAUGAAGCAGCAAGAGACCCACCUGAAGCAACAGCUUGCUCUAUACACAGAGAAGUUUGAGGAGUUCCAGAACACACUUUCCAAAAGCAGCGAGGUAUUCACCACAUUCAAGCAGGAGAUGGAAAAGAUGACUAAGAAGAUCAAGAAGCUGGAGAAAGAAACCACCAUGUACCGGUCCCGGUGGGAGAGCAGCAACAAGGCCCUCCUUGAGAUGGCUGAGGAGAAAACAGUCCGGGAUAAAGAACUGGAGGGCCUGCAGGUAAAAAUCCAACGGCUGGAGAAGCUGUGCCGGGCGCUGCAGACAGAGCGCAAUGACCUGAACAAGAGGGUACAGGACCUGAGUGCUGGUGGCCAGGGCUCCCUCACUGACAGUGGCCCUGAAAGGAGGCCAGAGGGGCCUGGGGCUCAAGCACCCAGCUCCCCCAGGGUCACAGAAGCGCCUUGCUACCCAGGAGCACCGAGCACAGAAGCAUCAGGCCAGACUGGGCCUCAAGAGCCCACCUCUGCCAGAGCCUAGAGAGCCUGGUGCUGGGGCAUGCUGGGAAGGGAGCGGCAGCCCAGCCAGGCCUGGCCCAUAAAAAGCUCCCAUGCUGAGCAGCCCAUUGCUGAAGCCAGGAUGUUCUGACCUGGCUGGCAUCUGACACUUGCAAUUUUGGAUUUUGUGGGUCAGUUUUACGUACAUAUGGCAUAUUGCAAGGUCUCAUGCAUUUAUACCUAUAAGUGUACAGUGGGCUUGCAUUGGGGAUGGGGGUGUGUACAGAUGAAGUCAGUGUCUCCUCUGUCAGCUGAAGAGUCUUGAGAGGGGCUGUCAUCUGUAGCUGCCUUCACAGUGAGUUGGCAGGACAAGUGACUUGAGCAUUUAUUUGCCUGACUUGAGGCUCAGACCCCUCCCUGCCCUUCAGAGCUCAAGACAAGUGAUACACCCAGGUCUUGACUGCAUUUCUCUUGUGAGUAGGGCUUGCUUGGGCAGCUCAGGCCCUCCUAGCUGCUCUGGAGGCUCCUUUGAUUCUCUAGACCUGGAAAAGGUGUCCCUAGGCAGAAACCUGGCAGGGCGCUCAGAGCUGGUGAUUUCCUGCCUAGGAUAAGGGACCUGGAGAAUGUUUCUGUGUGGGACGAUGUGCUGGUCAGGAACCCCUUGGGCAUCACUUCCCCUGCCCUUUGGUAGUGCCAGGACCAGGCCAAUGAUGCUUCUCAGUAGCCUUAUCAUUCACAGGUGCCUCUCUAGCCUGCACAAAUGAUUGACAAGAGAUCACCCAAAGGAUUAUUUCUGAAGGUCUUUUUUUCUUUUUCUUUUUCUUUUUUUUUUUUUGCACAUGACAGUGUUUGUAUUGAGGAUCUUCCAAGGAAGAGGGGUGCUGUAGCAGUGGUGCCUGGGUACCUGGCCUCCAGUGUCCCACCUCCUUCACCACCCCGCUUGGCUCCUUUGCCAUCUUGGUGCUGAGGUUUCCUGUUUGGUGAGAUCAGGUUGUUUGUUGUAAAAGAAAGGAAAGGGCUUCUGAUGGCUUUGCCACAAGCUUACCUGUGGGUUUUAGUCCUGAGAGGCCACCACCAGUUCCCAUCAGCACUAUCUCUGUGCAGCAGUUGCUGGGCCCCAGGUCCAGCUGCCUCCUUGGCUUCAUGGAUUUUUCUGCUUCCUGCCCCCACCCCCACACGUGCAAUCCUCAAGAUUCGUCCUGAUUCCAUUUCCUGGCACCUCCCUGCCUGUCCUUGGGGAUUCCACUUCUUCCUGUGUGGGAGCCCAUAGCUGUUGUCUAACAGGUAAGAAAUGAAGUUGAACUAUUGACUGGGCCCUAGAAAUCUGUAAAAUGGCUGCAGACAGUUGUUUCUGUGUCCUGUUCUCCCCCUACCCCAGUACAUAACUGCUAUGUACUGUGUAGAGCCAUUCUAUAUGCUGAAUGUUCUGCUGUUGCAAACUCGCCAGGGUAUUAGCCAGUGUUUGUGCAAAGCAGUUUUCUGGGACAGUAGAAUGACUCAGACCAAGAUAGAUAGGAUGGUUAGGGCUUUGCUUCUUGCUGUUUUUCUUUGAAGCUAGUUCAUUGUCCUGCAGGUCCCUUCAUCUUCCAUACCUAGCCCACUCUUUUAGCCCUUACAUUAAAUCUCUCAGAUAAAUUGGUUCACAAAGAAUGUUAAGUACUGAAUCAUGUGUAACUGAUACCAGAGAUGGUAAAUGAAUGGCACACCAUUUCUCUUUCUCUUGCCCCAGGGCAGGUACCACUGAUCUGCAUUAGAGUUGCCUGCUAUUCUCUGGUAUAUCCUUCACAUCUAGGUGCUCUCAAGCAGCUGUGUGAGUGUUGAGAUCUUUGCCGUCACUGGCUGAGAUACUGCUGUCCUGUGAAGUGUUUCCCAUGAUCUUUUUCUUCCCCUUUGAAUCCCUGUAUCUGGAGUAGUCCUUGCCUCUUCCUGCUCCAGUAGGGCCUUUUCCCUACCCCAGCCCCUGUGCCAGGCUAAGCUGGUACAAGAGCAGCCAACCCCACAGAGUGUUUGCUAGGCAAGAGAGGUGCAGGGAAGAGGCAGAGGUAUGCACCUUCCCCCUUGAAGAGAGGGGAAAGGCCUACAGUGGCCCACAUAAUUGCCUGACUCACUUCAGCUACCUCUUAAAGCCCGUGGAGGGACUGGAGCUGCUGGAUCCCAGUGUGGUGGUGUGGGAAGCCACCGUGAGCAGUGGCCCCAGCUGGGUUUCCCAGGUCAGGAAUGUGGGCCCCAGGCAUGGUGCAGCCUUUGCUCACAGCUCCAUCCAUGUCUAGACCUUCAGGCCAGUCUGCAGAUGUGGGUCCCUACCAUUUUCUUCCUUUCCAUUGACCAAAUCAUAACCAAUCACUACAGCUGCUCUGCUUCUGCUUUCCAAAGUAGCCCAGGUCCUGGGCCAGAUGCAGGGGAGGUGCCUAUCCAUGAGUGAAGGCCAGUGCCUUCCUCAGCCGGGUGGGUCCCACACUUGUGACCUCAGUUUUAGGACCAAGAGCUGUGUUGGUUUCUUAGAUUGCUAGCUUUUCCUCCAGGGGACCACAGCAGGUGAAGCUCAGAGCCAAUGGCUCUGCUAACAGUAAGUUGUUUUCAGGGCCUUGUCCAGCUGAGAGCUUCAUGUCCAUCAGAUUCUGAGAGGUGUCAGCAGCACUUUUUUUUUUAAUUUGUUGUUUGUUUUCCAUGAGGUUUUUGGACCAUGGGCUGAGGUCAGGCACUUUCUGUAGGAGAAUGUUAUUUCUGUAAAGAUGGUUAUUUAACCCUCCUCCACCCCAUCAUGGCGGCCCUGAGGGCUGACCCGGAGGCCAGUGGAGCUGCCUGGUGUCCACGGGGGAGGGCCAAGGCCUGCUGAGCUGAUUCUCCAGCUGCUGCCCCAGCCCUUCCAUCUUGCAGAGCACAGAGGUGGUCACCCCAAGGACAGCCAGGCACCUGCUCCUCUUACCCUUCUUGGGGGAAGGGGGCUGCCUUCUGUCCCUGUAACUGCUUACCUUAUGGCCCAGCCCGGCCACUCAGACUUGUUUGAAGCUGCACUGGCAGCUUUUUUGUCUCCUUUUGGUAUUCACAACAGCCAGGGACUUCAUUUUGAUGUAUUUUAAACCACAUUAAAUAAAGAGUCUGUUGCCUUAC